GCGGAACCCGUGAACGGUCCGCGGCGCCGAGGGUGCAGCUCCUGAGCCGACGCGCUGUCCUGCCCCAUGGACGCCUCCUCUAGCCCUUGGAAUCCCACCCCGGCUCCCGUCGGCAGUCCUUCCCUGCUGCUCCCCAUCCCCGCCAUCGUCUUCAUCGCUGUGGGCGUCUAUUUGUUGCUGCUAGGCCUAGUGCUGCUGACUAGGCACUGCCUGCUGGCCCAAGGCUGCUGCACCGAUUGCAGCUCCCCCUGCAGGAAGCAAGGCGCCUCCAGGCCCCAGGACUGUUGCUGGACCUGUGCAGAAGCCUGCGACUUCCCUCUGCCUAGCCCAGCUCACUACCUGGAUGCCUGCUGCCCCCAGCCCACCGAAGCUGGUUGGGCCCCUCGCUGCCCUCGUUGCUGCCCACUCUGCGACUGUGCCUGUGCGUGCCAACUUCCUGACUGCCAGAGCCUCAACUGCCUCUGCUUUGAGAUCAAGCUCCGAUGAGGACCCAAGUCCCUGCCCUUUGGGGAGUGGCCAGCCCCCAGGGCCCACAUGCCCUCUUCCCUGAGGGGCCUCAGGCCACUGGAACCACGGAUGGACUGCCUGGCUCACUGGCCUGGGAACCAGCAGUGGAGAACUUGGCUCUCAACAGAGCAAGACUUGGGGAGCCACUGGCCGGCUAGACUGCAGUUCCUUCGCAGGGACAACGGAAAGAGGGGCUGGUGCCCUGGCAGAUCCCUGCCCAAAGAUUUAUUUCCCCUUUGAGGGCCUGAGUCCGGAUUUCCAAGGAAGAAAUUUCCUCUGAA